AUGCGAAAACCGCUGUGUGAGUUCGAAAAAAUCCCUUACGCCGACAAGAUCACUCCGGAGCCAAUCCUCAACAACAAUGCAGGCCGAGACACAAAGGCGGACUCGAUCAGAAACAGUUAUAAUAGCCAAUUCAAAGUUGGCAUUUAUGGCUGGCGGAAGAAAUGUCUCUACAUUCUUGUCAUGGCACUCAUGUUUAUGAUGAUUAUCAAUCUCGCUUUGACGCUCUGGGUUUUGAAAGUUUUAGAUUUUAAUUCAGAAGGAAUGGGUCAACUACGAAUAGUACCAGGGGGACUACAAUUGUUGGGACAAGCUCUAGUAUUGGAUUCACUUUUUGCGUCAAGUAUUAAGUCGCGACGAGGGCAUCCGAUAUCCAUUGAGUCGUCAAGGAAUUUCACUGUGUCAACUCGAGAUGUGAACGGCUUUGUACAGAGCAGGCUGUAUUUAGGUCAUGAUCGUUUAGAGGUGAACGUAGCCCGUUUAGAAAUAAGAGACGCCCGCGGUGGACUGUUACUCGGGGCUUCGCACGACGCGGUCACAAUCGGCGCAGACAACUUAUUCAUCUCCAGCCCAGCGGGUGCAGCCUUCAACACCGCAGUCCAAACUCCUCUCGUUAAAGCGCCACCCUCUAAACAACUUAUGUUGGAGUCACCCACGCGUUCGUUAGAAAUGCACGCGUCCCAAACGAUAUCGCUGGACUCCCGAGCUGGGGACAUCAGCGCGAGCUGUUUAACUAACUUUAAGUUGCGGUCUACUGCUGGAUCGAUAAGACUAGACGCGCCAAGUAUUUAUAUGCCAAAGUUAAAAUCGGCCCUGCCACUGCCACCUCCAGCGUCGCAUACGCACGAUCCGCACCAUCAAAAUAUCUACCAGUUGUGCGCAUGCGCGAAUGGAAAAUUGUUCCUGGCACCGCCGCACGGCGUCUGCGCAGCGCGCGAGGAAAGUCUAAUUUGUCGAUGA